UUUAAUAGGAAAGGAUGAAGAAGACUCAGUGUGCAAUGACCUUCACAGACGCCUGUUUUACACACGUUACUCAGACACAGAACCAGGAAACAGGAACCACAUGAGUUCAGGGAAAGAGAAAGUGAAGUGUAGUUGAGCUGCUGUGUGUUUGUGUCUCUGUAUUCAUGCAGUAAAAUGGCAGGAGCCAGAGUUUUUCAUGAUGAGUUCAUGUGUCCAGUGUGUCUGGAUCUCCUGAAGGAUCCGGUGACCAUCCAGUGUGGACACAGUUACUGUAAGAGCUGUAUUACAGGCUGCUGGGAUCGGGAGGAUCAGACGAGAGUCUACAGCUGCCCUCAGUGCAGACAGACCUUCAGUCCAAGACCUGCUUUAGCUAGAAACACCAUGCUGGCUGAAGUGGUGGAGAAACUGAAGAAGACCAAACUCUCUGCUGACUGUGACGCUGGAGCUGGAGAUGUGCAGUGUGACGUCUGUACUGGAAGAAAAUACAAAGCCGUCAAGUCCUGUCUGGUGUGUCUGGAGUCUUACUGUCAAACUCAUUUUGAGCGGCACGAGGAGUUUCAUUCACGUAAACCACACAAAGUGACUGAAGCCACGGGACGACUGCAGGAGAUGAUCUGCCAGAAACAUGAGAAGCUCCUUGAGGUUUUCUGUCGCACUGAUCAGAAAUGUAUAUGUAUGCUGUGUACGAUUAUUGAACAUAAAAACCAUGACAUUGUACCAGCUGCAGACCAGAGGACAGAGAAACAGAAGCAGCUGAAGGAGACGCAGAAGACGCUCCAGCAGAGAAUCCAGCAGAGAGAGAAAGAUCUCCAGCAGCUGAGAGAGGCUGUGGAGUCUCAUAAGCGCUCUGCACAGACAGCAGUGGAGGACAGUGAGAGGAUCUUUACUGAGCUCAUCCGCUCCAUUGAGAGAAGCCGCUCUGAGCUGAUACGGCUGAUCAGAGAUCAGGAAAAGCAAGCAGUGAGUCGAGCUGAAGGACGACUGGAGCGACUGGAGCAGGAGAUCAAUGAUCUGAGGAGGAGAGACGCUGAGCUGGAGCAGCUUUCACACACACAGGAUCACAUCCAGUUCCUGCAGAAACAUUCACCAACAUUGUUCCCAGAACCAGGAACCACUUCCUACAAUAUUCCCAUCAGUUCACUCUGGAUCUGAACACAGCACAUAAACGCCUCCGUCUGUCUGAGAGCAACAGAGUGAUUACUUUCACUGACACAGAUCAGCCGUAUCCUGAUCAUCCAGACAGAUUUGAUCAUUGGCCUCAGGUGUUGUGUAGAGAGAGUGUGUGU